AUGCCCCUGUACACGGAGGUGACUCGAUACCUGAAUAUUUUCAAGGUGUUGGAAGGCAGCUUCGUACUACAGGCCGGCAAAAUCUACAGGGUGCCCUCGACAGAGACCAGGAGCCCUGGCCACCAGGAGGUGACGGACUGUUCUUGUGUGUCGGGCAGGUACCUGGACCUCCCCUGCUUGGAGACCAUCAACCGCAUCAAGCUGUACAGUGAGUCCUUGGCACGAUACGGCAAGAGCCCCUACCUCUACCCCCUCUACGGACUGGGAGAGCUGCCGCAGGGAUUCGCCAGGCUGAGUGCGAUCUACGGCGGCACCUACAUGUUGAACAAAGCCGUGGACCAGCUGGUGAUCGAGAACAAUCGCGUCGUGGGAGUCAAGUCAGAAGGAGAGGUAAUCUCUCCCACCCUCCCUGUCCCUGCCUCC